AUGCUGGCGCUUUACUGUAUCCCGGAACUCCCGCGACGAUUUCGACGACUCGUCCCCAUUUCAGCGGUCAUUUCAGCAGCUUAUACAGCGGUUUACUACGCCACAGCUUCAACACUUGGAUUCCCCGUGCCAUUUUCGGGUCUGGUAUUUGUUACGCCUUGGGUUCUUUUCAUCGUUGUGGCGUUGUGGCUCUCAUCGGACCAGCGUGUCUCUGCAGCUCAGUGCGAAAGAAUAUUCUCAUGCCCAGGUUCUUCUCACGGUGCUGGUUCUACCUGUGAUAAAACUCCUCGAGAAAUUGCUCUUGUUCCAAGUCACGUGCCACCUUCGCGACAUCCAGCCGAUACGAAUAGCUCAGCAAAACCCCGUGACGAAGUUUUCGGUCAUCUCGUUUCCAAGUUGUCGGAUGAUUUCGUGAAGAUGUGGAGAAUUACGAAGCUGUCGGCCACUAUUACUCUAUCGGUAUCGUCUUCAAUAGAUAAUUUCGGCUAUCGAGGUCCACGCUCGGCCAAGAAGAGCCUUAUAAAAAUCGUUGUGGGUGGUAAACAACCACUGAGGAAGAAGGUGUCGAGCAACAACACUGUCGAACCGAUAAAGUCUAUACUCCCGCUAUUUGAGCCACGCGACCCAGCUCUGCCAAGUAAGCGCGUGCUACAAGAUCUUUCAGUUGAAGAACGACAGCGGUUUGUACUCGAGACGUGUCGUAUCUUGCGUCGCGUCGAAACAUUGCUGGUCGUCGAAUACAUCGAAGUGAUUGUGCCCGUGCUAUACGCAUUUUUUGUGUUUCCAGCAAUUUACAAAGCAGUGGUGUACUAUCUGCCGAAUCGAGCGUACUUUUCGAAUCUACGGGAGCUGAGCUCGCCACUACCGUGA